GUAUCCCAAAGAGGAAAGCUGCUCCUUUUGGGAGCUCUAAGCUAAAGAGACAAACCGCAAUCCUUAGCGCCCCACUCAAGUGGCUUGGUGGCGAUCACUGUUAACCGUGUUUGGGUUCCAAGAAAAGUAGAAGCAUUGUGGUUUCCACUCCAUCAAACACCCAUUUGGCUCAAUUUCAGGGUUGCUGAAAUGGAAGAUGCGCAUGACAUAGGGGACAAAUCAUCUGAAGCAAUUUUGGAUAAUGCGACCGAAGACAAGCAAGAAACUCGUGAUGAAAUGCUUUCUAGGCAUAGGAAAGAAAUAACAAAGCUGCAGAACAAGGAAGUUGAACGCAAAAAGGCUGCUGCAAAAGGUAGCAAGGCUGAGCAGAAAGCCAAAAAAAAGCAGGUGGAGGAAGAGAUAUCUCAACUUUCUGCUAAGCUUAAAGAAAAGCAUGCGAAAGAACUUGCUUCAUUGGGCUAUAACAGUAAAAAUGAAAAUGAAAAGAGCAAUCUUGAGAAUUUAGUGAAGGCCAUAGCUGGAGUUUCUGUUACCAAUCAACCUGACCAUGGAAAGCCCAGCAAGAGUACAAGGAGACGAGGAAAAAAGGCUCAGCAAGAAGCAGAAAGGGAGAAGAGAAUACAAGAAGAACAGAACAACAUUAUAAGUGAUCGUGCCAUUGAAGACGAGAAACUUGAGAAAAAGCUUGAACCCUUAGGUCUGACUGUCAAUGAAAUAAAACCUGAUGGGCACUGCCUCUACCGUGCUGUUGAAGAUCAACUAGCCUUCUUCUCAGGAGGCUCAUCACCUUACACUUACCAAGAGCUUCGACAAAUGGCCGCUGCUUAUAUGAGGAAACAUGCAUCUGAUUUUCUCCCCUUUUUCCUGUCAGAAAAUGCAAUAGAAGAUGAUUCUGAUGGUUCUCUGGCAGAGAGAUUUGAAAGUUACUGUAAAGAGGUAGACUCAACAGCUGCGUGGGGAGGACAACUAGAGCUCGGGGCACUGACUCACUGUCUUAGAAAACAUAUUAUGAUAUUCUCAGGGUCAUUUCCUGAUGUGGAGAUGGGCAAGGAGUACAAAUCCAGUGGUGAGAAUGGUUCUUCGGAUUCGAGUAUCAGGCUAUCAUACCAUAAACAUGCGUUUGGGCUUGGUGAGCACUAUAACUCUGUGGUGCCCGAUUUGAGCAAAUAAACUAGCACCACAUCAUUUGCAGAAUAUACUUUGUUUGGAAAUCUGUUUUCUAAGUUGUUGACAUGGCGGAGCCUUUUGAUCGGGAAAUUAGUUCUUAAAAUCCACGGUGGUUUACAGGUUUAUACACUAUCUAUUUACUCUCUUCUUCUUUUUUCCUUCUUUUUUUUUUUUUUUUUUUCCCUCUUCAAAUUUCCUUGGCUGUGCUGCGUCAAGCAAAGCCAAUAAAAUAUAUAAUCGUUUACAGUGCCUGCAUCGUUGAAUUAUACAGUUAAAUGCAAACUUUGAUGGAGUUUAUAUUAAUGUUUUAUGCGGUGAGUUCCUUGUCUA